AUGCCAUAUCUCGAUUCCACAACAUCAUUACCACCUUUGCAAAGCAAAUACCCUGCUAACGCAUUCGAGAAUCUCGUCCUAGACCUCAGCGAAGCGUUGGGUCCGAGCUCGGGCCUGGAUUCGGACGAUGUCAAUCCCCUCGACGUCCAGCGCCUGAUGGAGCAAUAUGUCUCCAACCCGGAGGAAUGGCGCUCCUUUGCCCUGGGCGAUAACAGCAGGGGGUAUACAAGGAACCUUAUUGAUGAGGGAAACGGUAAAAGUAAUUUGUUGAUAUUGGUCUGGAGCCCCGGCAAAGGGAGCGCAAUACAUGAUCAUGCCAAUGCACAUUGUGUCAUGAAGAUCCUCAAAGGCUCUCUCCAAGAGACUCUAUAUACAUGGCCUGACCAAGAUAAACUCCAAAACGGGCAGUCCUCCUCGCCGCAAAUCAUCAAGGAAACCACCUACACCGAAAACCAGGUAACCUACAUGUCUGACAAGCUGGGCCUCCAUAAGAUAUCAAAUCCAGACCCUCAUAACCCCGCCGUCUCGUUACACCUUUAUACCCCGCCAAAUGCAGCAACGUAUGGGUUCUGCGUGUUCGACGAGAAGACUGGGAAAGCAAGCCGCGUAAAGCAAUCCCAUUUCUAUUCUAUCAGAGGGGAACGGUGCUAG